UCCUGCCGCCGUCCGCGCGGGCUGGCCGCCCCCUCGGGGCCUCUGGGCCGCGGGCCCGCGGCUCUGGGGGGCGGGCUGGGACCCCUGGGCUCCGCCUGCCGCGUGGGGGUCCGAGGACUUCCCCCGCUGGACGCCGAGCCGCAGAGUCCCGCAACCCACGUCCCGCUCCGGAAGCCAGGCCCACUGCGCGCUGGGGCCGCGACGGUGACCGCGCUCGGGGGUCCCCGCAGGCUGCUCUGGUGGGCAGUGCGGUGUGGCGCGUGGAGCGCGCGGGCGUCGGGGGCUGGUGCUGGGAGCGCGCCGUCGGCGUGGACUGCAGCGCCCCGGAGCCACGCUGUCUUUGGCUGCCCUGUCUGAGCCACAGCGACCGCCGCACGCUGGGGCUGAGUCCGGCCAGGCUUCCACUGGGCCCUCGAGAUGGGUGCUCUUCUGGGCGCCCCCUCCCCUGGCAGGGGCCGAGGACUCUGCUGCUGCGCAAGAGUCUUCAGGAUGGUUUUGGUUUCACCCUGCGCCAUUUCAUCGUGUACCCACCCGAGUCAGCCGUGCACUGCAGCCUGAAGGAGGAAGAGAAUGGAGGCCGAGGAGGAAGAGGAGGAAGAGGAGGAGAAGGAGGAGGAGGAGGAGGACCCUCCCCACGGCACCGCCUGGAGCCCAUGGACACCAUCUUUGUGAAGAAUGUGAAGGAUGGUGGCCCCGCCCAUAGGGCGGGGCUUCGCACAGGAGACCGGCUGGUGAAAGUGAAUGGGGAGAGCGUCAUUGGAAAAACAUAUUCCCAGGUCAUAGGUCUGAUCCAGAACAGUGAUGACACCCUGGAGCUCUCCAUCAUGCCCAAGGACGAGGACAUUCUCCAGCUGGCCUACUCCCAGGAUGCCUACCUGAAGGGCAACGAGCCGUAUUCUGGAGAGGCCCGCAGCAUCCCAGAACCACCUCCACUCUGCUAUCCACGGAAGACCUAUGCCCCGCCAACCCGGGCCCCUGCCUGGGCCACUAUGGUGCCUGAGCCCAUCUCAGCACUACCCACGGAUCCCCGGAGUCCUGCUGCCUGGAGUGACCCAGGGUCCCGUGUCCCAUCUGCCACCCGUGCCCACCUGGACAACUCUUCCUUGGGGAUGAGCCAGCCCCGCCCAAGCCCUGGUGCCUUUCCCCACCUCCCUUCAGAGUCCCGGACGCCCCGUGCCUUCCCAGAGCCCGGCAGCCGGGUGCUUCCCAGCAGACUGGAGUGCCAGCAGGCUCUGUCACACUGGCUGUCCAAUCAGAUACCCCGCAGGGCGGGGGAGAGACGGUGCCCAGCCAUGCCACCCCGGGCCCGCAGUGCCUCCCAGGACCGGUUGGAGGAUGUGACUACCCACCACCCAUGGCCCUGCUCCACCUCCCAGGAUGCCUUGAGCCAGCUGGGCCAGGAGGGUUGGCACCGAGCUCGCUCAGACGAUUACCUGAGCAGGGCCACCCGCUCUGCUGAAGCACUGGGUCCGGGAGCACUGGUGUCCCCUCGCCUUGAACGCUGCGGUUGGGCUUCCCAACGCCCAUCUGCCCGCACCUCUGCUUGCCCUUCUCGGGACUUGCCCCAGGCCCCUCCCCCAUCUGGCCUGCAGGGCCUGGAUGACAUCGGGUACAUUGGGUAUCGGAGCUAUAGCCCAUCAUUCCAGCGCCGGACUGGUCUCCUGCAUGCCCUCUCCUUCCGGGACUCACCCUUUGGGGGACUUCCCACCUUCAGCUUGGCCCAGUCUCCUGCAUCAUUCCCACCAGAGGCCUCUGAACCACCUAGGGCCAUCCGGCCAGAUCCUAGCACCCGAGCCCUGGAGCCUGCCGCAGAGGAUCAUCGUGAUGAGGUGGUCCUGAGGCAGAAGCCUCCAACGGGUCGCAAGGUCCAGCUGACCCCAGCAAGGCAGAUGAACCUUGGAUUUGGUGAUGAGUCCCCAGAACCAGAGGCCAGAGGGGAGCGCCCAGGCAGGAAGGUGGCCCCUUUGGCCACCACAGAAGACUCCCUGGCUUCUAUUCCUUUCAUUGGAGCCCACUCCAAGGAGGGUGGCUCAGAGCCACUCCACGGUGCCCUUGAUGCAAUGGGAGGCUCAGCACCUGCUAAAAAAAGACAUUCCCUGACCACACUCUGGUGGGCGAGGCACCCUGGGCCUCGGGCAUGUUGCCAGAAAUGCCCUGAUGAGCCCACCAGCCCCAGCAUUGACCUUCAAGCCAAGCAUGUCCCUGCCUCUGCAGUGGUCUCCAGUGCCAUGAACUCAGCCCCUGUCCUGGGAACUAGCCCAUCCUCACCAACCUUCACCUUUGCCCUCAGCCGCCAUUACUCCCAGGACUGCAGCAGCAUCAAGGCAGGCCGCCGCUCCUCCUACCUGCUGGCCAUCACCACGGAGCGCUCCAAGUCCUGUGAUGAUGGACUGAAUACCUUCCGGGAUGAGAGCCGAGUGCUCCGGCGCCUUCCCAACCGUGUGCCAAGCCUACGAAUGCUGCGGAGCUUCUUCACUGAUGGGUCUCUAGAUAGCUGGGGCACCUCUGAAGAUGCUGAUGCCCCCUCUAAACGACACUCAGCCUCUGACCUCUCAGAUGCAACCUUCAGUGAUAUCAGGAGAGAAGGCUGGUUGUAUUAUAAGCAGAUCCUCACCAAGAAAGGGAAGAAAGCGGGCGGCGGCCUGCGCCAGUGGAAGCGCGUCUAUGCCGUCCUGCGGGCGCGCUCGCUCUCGUUGAGCAAGGAGCGGCGGGAGCCCGGGCCGGCGGCUGCGGGGGCUGCGGCGGCCGGCGCAGGUGAGGACGAGGCGGCGCCCGUCUGCAUCGGCUCCUGCCUGGUGGACAUCUCCUACAGCGAGACCAAGAGGAGGCACGUGUUCCGGCUGACCACCGCUGACUUCUGUGAAUAUCUCUUUCAGGCUGAGGAUCGGGAUGACAUGCUGGGCUGGAUCAGAGCGAUCCGGGAGAACAGCAGGGCCGAGGGCGAGGACCCCGGCUGUGCCAACCAAGCUCUGAUCAGCAAGAAGCUUAAUGAUUAUCGCAAAGUGAGCCAUAGCUCUGGGCCCAAAGCCGAUUCCUCCCCUAAAGGCUCUCGGGGCCUGGGAGGCCUCAAGUCUGAAUUCCUCAAGCAGACUGCAGUCCGCGGCCUCAGAACUCAGGACCAGCCCGCAGGAAGCAAGGAAGACAGUGUUGCAGCUCCCAAAACCCCCUGGGGUAUCAACAUUAUCAAGAAGAACAAGAAGGCCACCCCAAGGGCAUUUGGGAUCCGGUUGGAAGAGUGCCAGCCUGCCACUGAGAACCAGCGUGUCCCCCUGAUUGUGGCUGCCUGCUGCCGUAUUGUGGAGGCACGGGGGCUGGAAUCAACUGGCAUUUACCGGGUACCUGGCAACAAUGCAGUGGUGUCUAGCCUGCAGGAGCAGCUCAACCGUGGGCCAAGUGACAUCAACAUGCAGGAUGAGCGCUGGCAGGACCUCAACGUGAUCAGCAGCCUGCUCAAGGCUUUCUUCCGCAAGCUGCCAGAGCCUCUCUUCACUGAUGACAAAUACAAUGACUUCAUCGAGGCCAAUCGGAUCGAGGAUUCCAGGGAGAGGAUGAAGACUCUGCGGAAGCUGAUCCGGGAUCUCCCAGGACACUACUAUGAAACACUUAAAUUCCUCGUGGGCCAUCUCAAGACCAUUGCUGACCACUCAGAGAAGAACAAGAUGGAGCCCCGCAACCUGGCUCUGGUCUUCGGGCCAACAUUGGUAAGGACAUCUGAAGACAACAUGACAGACAUGGUGACUCACAUGCCGGACCGCUACAAGAUCGUGGAGACGCUGAUCCAGCAUUCUGACUGGUUCUUCAGUGAUGACGAGGACAAAGGAGAGAGAACUCCUGUUGAUGACAAGGAGCCACAGUCAGUGCCCAACAUCGAGUACCUCCUGCCCAACAUUGGCAGGACAGUGCCCCCCAGUGAUCCAGGCUCAGCAGAUUCCACCACCUGUAGCUCAGCCAAGUCCAAGAGUUCCUGGGUCCCCAAGAAAGAGCCUUACGCCCGGGAGAUGCUGGCGAUCUCCUUCAUCUCUGCGGUCAACCGCAAAAGGAAGAAGCGGCGGGAGGCGCGAGGCCUGGGCAGCAGCACCGACGAUGACUCCGAGCAGGAGGCGCACAAGGCUGCGGUGGGGACGCAGGAGCCACCCGAGGGGCAGCUGCCAGGCCCCGCAGCCGAGGAGGCCCCCGGACGCCUCAGCCCCCCGACGGCACCCGACGAACGGCCUGCGGCGGACACGCGCUCCAUCGUCUCGGGCUACUCCACCCUGUCCACCAUGGACCGUAGCGUUUGCUCGGGCACCGGCGGGCGGCGCGCGGGCGCGGGCGACGAGGCGGACGACGAACGCAGCGAGCUGAGCCACGUGGAGACGGACACGGAGGGCUGCGCAGGCCCCGGGGGCCGCCUGUCGCGCCGGCCAUCCUUCAGCUCACACCAUCUUAUGCCAUGCGACACUCUGGCGCGCCGUCGCCUGUCUCGCAGCCGCGCGGAUGCCGAGGGUCCGGGCGCGGGGACGGCCCGGGCGGGUCCCCGCGGUCCCGAGCCUCUGGGCUCGGCGUCGUCUAGCAGCCAGGAGUCGCUGCGGCCCCCGGCCGCCGCCUCGGCACUCGGCUCGCGACCUUCGCGGGUGGAAGCCCUGCGGCUCCGGCUCCGUGGCACCGCCGACGACAUGCUGGCCGUGCGGCUGCGGCGCCCACUGUCACCAGAGACGCGGCGGCGCCGGAGCAGCUGGCGCCGCCACACGGUGGUGGUGCAGAGCCCGCUGACCGACCUCAACUUCAACGAGUGGAAGGAGUUGGGCGGAGGGGGCGCUCCGGAGCCCGCGGGCGUGCGACCGCACAGCGACAAUAAGGACUCUGGCCUCAGCAGCCUGGAGUCCACCAAGGCACGGGCCUCAUCCGCCGCAUCACUGCCAUCGGGGGACCUAGGGGCCCUGCAGGGUGUGCCCCCGCGCCGCUCAGCUGCCGCCCGCCUCCACCAGUGUCUGUGAUACCCUCCCCUGUCCCGGGGCUGCAGGGAUUCCCGUCUCGUUUGUGACCCCCUCAGCCGCCUCCAGGGCUGCAGAAGUUUGGGGGGCGGGGUGUGAAGGGCGGUGCUGGUGCCGCAGACUGGAGUUAGGUGGGGUGGGCAGAGUCCAAGCUGGACCGAAGUGGGAGUCCUCAGGAGAGGGGAGGGGCUACUGGGAGUCCUGUCCCUUAGAUAAAGAACCGACCCUUUUCUGUGAGUCUACUUAGGGACCCUCGGUGACCCAUGCCGUGUGGGUGGACCGCCCAAGUUUCAUUCAGAAGGAAAGAUACAGGCUGGAUUUUGGGUUUGUCUUCUGCCCACACCCCCACCCCAUUAGCUACUAGCUAAGGAGAGGGGGGAGGGUGGGUGAUGGGGAGCGGUUGUGUAGGGUUGGGUGUCCAUGGGAGAUGGGGCUUGUGUGUGUGUGUGAGUGUGUGUAGUCACAGUGCAAAGGUGUUUGUUUCCAGUAGCAAUUUCUACCCCAACCCCUUCAUUUCUCCGCCAUGCCCCAAGCCAGGACCCUGCCUUUGGUGCACACAGGCACCUUAGCCCCGAGCUUAUCAGAGGCUGGGUUGAGGUCACUUCCACAGAGGCAGGACUCACAUCCUUUGCUGACCUCUAAGUCACCCCUCUAAGCUCUGACCUGUGGACCUGCCUGCUCCCUUUAUUUUUACUUUUUAUUUUUUGGAUACCCCUGCAGCUGGCGGCUUCCUUCUCCUUGUUCACCCUGCUCCCUUCCACAGCUUAGCAUGCAGACUCGCCUUCAGUCGGGACGAACUCCGUCAUGCACUGCUGUACAGGGUCUCAGCUGGGCUGUUCCUGCAGGGUGGGUGGGACCCAGCUCCUCUUUCUCCACAUUGUAAAUAAACCUAAAGCACUAGUCCUCCCUCCUCCGCCCUCACUCAUUCCAGGGGCGCCCCAGUGGGGUGACCUGCUGUCUGUCAGUCUUUCUGGUUUAUGCAAAGAUUUGCUGUAAAGUCUCUCUCCCCGCCCUAGCACUGUAAAUAUUGUCUCUAAUGUGUAACAUAUUAUAAAGAAUUUAUAAGGAUUUUUAAAGAUGUUUUGCUCAUUUUAAAAAGUGUUGUAACAGUGUUGUUAUGAGCCCCCACGUCUGCAUGACCCCUCCCACUGUGUCCUUGACACACCCCUCUAAGCUAUAACUAAGAUCCCUGCUUCUCAAAGUCCUGUCUUAAAAGUACAGUCUAUAUCUUGGAAAUAAAUGGCCUUCCUCAGGCAUGAA